UAGUCUUAACGCAACUUUUCAAAACUGAGAAAUCCGGAAACAUGAAGCUAGGUACUAUCAGGCGUAAACAUAUCUCAUUUUCAAUGGCUGUUACUUUUUCCUUUCUUGCUGCUAUUUUCAAUAUUAUUGGAUUUGUUUCACCUUUCUGGAUUGUUUCGAAAUCAGAGUCAAAUCUUGGUUUUCAAAGACUUGGAUUAUGGGAAGUUUGCUUUGACGAGUUUAUCUUCCCAGAAGACUAUGUAUCCAAAGCUUAUCAAGGAUGUUGGUAUAUAUAUUAUCCAGAAUACAAGUAUAUCAGAUUCUGGUUAAAUCCACGGAACUGAGCGUCACUUUGCUUUUGUUGUCUGAAGAGUUAAAUGAUACUCGUAAUUAAGAGUACAAGCAGUUGUUGGUACGCAUUUUUCACGUAAGUGAUCUUCAUUCUAACACAUCUAAUCUUUGGGGCCAAAACGUAAGUCAUUUUAUUUUGGAAUUGGGUUCUAUGCAAUUUGUAACUAGCCUCUUGUAAAAAUAAUUUAUAAGCAUUUUUUGUAUGCUAAGCAGUGUUGAAUUGAAUAUUAUUCUAAAGUAAAGUUAUAAAAUAAUACCUGUAAUCGCAAUUGAUUAAUCACUGGGUGGUGAUCAAUGUCAUGUGUGUCAAGUCCUUAUUAGUGCAGAUCUAAUGCUAUCCACCAUGUUGCAAUGUGGCCACCAGUCUACUUGGUUAUCUAACUGUUUUACAUAAUUCCUUGCAAAAGACCUUAGAUCCAGCUUAAAAAGUUAUGCAAUAAAUUAUUUAACCGACUUCAUUCAACUCUUACAUUUUAUUUUAUUUUAGCAUGGUUCUAUCUUGUUCAGAUAUUAUCAAUCAUAAGUCUGAUAUGUAAUUUAGCUGGACUAUUAAUGAUAAUUCUUGUCCUAUGCGAAGUUUACGGAACUAAAGAAAGAAAACCACAUUUUGUUGUGAUGGGAUUACAAUCUGUUGCUCUUGCUUGUUUCGUUGUGGUUAUAAUACUCAUGGGAGUUAUGAGUAAAGAUCGCGAAUGGCUACCAAGACCUGAUUUAAAUAUGUUAUCGUGGAGUUAUGCAUUCGCAGUAUUAUCUGGAUUCUUCACAAUAUUUUGUCUUUUUGGAUUAGUGACACAUUAUUUGUCAGUAGAAAGUAAACGUUACAUGCAAGAUCCAUUAUUAAGACAAAAAUUCCUAGGAACUAAUCCAUAUUAUACAUCACAAAAGAAUAUUUCAUAUUAUGAUGGUAAAGCAUCAGCUACUGAGUCAAAAAUUGGAGGUUCCGGAACAGUCCCUUCACUUUUUGCAACAGUACCUUCUACUUUUGUUAGCUACCAACCUGGAUCACAAAUUGGUCCCACUAGUACAUUGAUGGCACCUGGAAAGUCAAGUAUUUUAAGUCGUGGUACAAUCGCUCCAGGUGCUGUAGGAGGUACUGUAGCUGGAACAUCAGGAGCUACAGUAUCGGCUAAACUUAGGGAAUCACUAGAGGCUCAACGAAUUGCUGUUUUAGAAGCAAAUUUACGGGCUGCAGAAAGUGAAUUAUUUCAAAAUGUAGAGAAUACUCAUGGUCCUACUUCAACACAGUCAUUGUAUAGUCCAAAUAUAAGAUCAGAAUCAAGAUAUGAAGGCACAAUGACAAGGCAAGCAGAACGUUUAGGUUCUACCACACAUUUGCAAUCAAAUGUUGCUAUGGAUUCGGCUGUAUAGUUAAAUAUUCAUUUUAUUAAAAUGUUAGAUUCAUUUUUUAACUUUAUUCGCAGUUGUAUGUAAUUCUAAAGUAAAUUUAUUUUAUCAUGA